GUAGGUCGCAGCAGGGCUGGAUUCUUUGUUUCUGGAAGUCUUGUCUCCGUCCAGAGCUUGGAUUACUUGGAGGUUGAACUUGAAUUCUACCGGGUUGUGCAGCUGGUGGGCAGGGGCUCGGAGCCUCUUGAUUCUGCACUGAGAAAUGCUGUCCUGCUGUCCCCCAGCGUGCUGUGCAGAGGGCCUGAGGAGGCAGGCGACACCUUUGUCCUGGCUCAGAUAGAUGGUGUUGAAACCGCAGGAGCUCGUCCCUGCCUGGGGCCGGUGACUCUGAGUUGGCUCAGCGUGCUUCGGAUGGGCUCCGCCCCCCCUCAUUUUGGCCUCUAGCCGGGGCUGGGAGGCUGCAGCUAGGCCUGGGAAGUAUGAUUGGCUCAGCCCAGAUCAUCAGUGCACACAGUCAGAAGCCAGGAACUAAAACAUUUCCAGAGUAGAAGAGGGGAGGUCUCCUGGGACUCAUUGCUUCAGAGAGAAGGUGCCAGGCUUGGGGACACCGGGAAGCCCUUGACUGAACGGUGGAAGCUCUGUCUGCAGCUGGGGUGGCCCCGGGGAGCCCGCUGUCUGGAGGAUGCUACAGCUGAGCCUGUCCUGGCUGGGUCUGGGGCCUGUGGCUGCCUCCCCAUGGCAGCUUCUGCUGCUGGGUGGGGCCUUGUUCCUGGCCCGAAUUCUGGCCUGGAUCUAUUCCUGGUAUGACAACUCCUGCCGGCUCCACUGCUUCCCUCAGCCCCCUUCACGGCACUGGUUUUGGCGUCACAUGGGCAUGAUCCAGAACAGCGAGGAAGGCCUGCAGCUGAUGACUGAAAUGGGCCACUACUUCCAUGAUGUCUACCUCUGCUGGUUUGGGGCUUUCUACCCCAUCCUGACACUCACCCACCCCAAGUUCAUUGCCCCCGUGCUCCAGGCUCCAGCUGCGGUGGCCCCUAAGGAGAUGAUUUUCUAUGGCUUCCUGAAGCCAUGGCUGGGGGAUGGGCUGUUGGUGAGUGCUGGUGAGAAAUGGAGUCACCAUCGUCAUCUGCUGACGCCUGCCUUCCACUUUGACAUCCUGAAGCCCUAUGUGAAGAUUUUUAACAAGAGCGUGAACAUCAUGCACGCCAAGUGGCGGCGCCUGACCACCAAGGGCAGUGCCCGUCUGGACAUGUUUGAGCACAUCAGCCUCAUGACGUUGGACAAUCUGCAGAAAUGUGUCUUCAGCUUCGACAGCAACUGUCAGGAGUCUCCGAGUGAAUACAUUGCUGCCAUUUUGGAGCUCAGCUCCCUCAUAGUGAAACGGCACCAUCGGGUUAUCCUGUAUAUGGACUUCCUGUACUACCUCACUCCUGAUGGGAGGCGCUUCCGCAAGGCCUGUGACAUGGUGCACAACUUCACAGAUGCUGUCAUUCAGGAGAGGCGUAGUAACCUUGCUAGCCAGGGUGUUGAUGACUUCCUCAAGGCCAAGACAAGGUCUAAGACUUUAGACUUCAUCGAUGUGCUCCUGCUGGCCAAGGACGAACAUGGAAAGGAGCUGUCAGAUGAGGACAUCCGGGCAGAGGCUGACACCUUCAUGUUUGGAGGCCAUGACACCACAGCCAGUGCGCUCUCCUGGAUCCUGUACAACCUGGCGAGACACCCGGAAUACCAGGAGCGCUGCCGGCAGGAGGUGCGGGAGCUGCUGAGGGACCGAGAGCCUGAGGAGAUUGAAUGGGACGAUCUGGCCCAGCUGCCCUUCCUGACCAUGUGCAUCAAGGAGAGUCUGCGGCUGCAUCCCCCGGUCACGGUGAUUUCCCGCUGCUGCACCCAGGACGUUGUGCUCCCAGAUGGCCGGGUCAUCCCUAAAGGGAACGACUGUAUCAUCAGCAUCUUUGGGGUUCAUCACAACCCUUCAGUCUGGCCAGACCCUGAGGUCUAUGACCCCUUCCGCUUUGAUCCAGAAAACCCUCAGAAGAGGUCACCUCUGGCUUUUAUUCCCUUCUCUGCCGGGCCCAGGAACUGCAUAGGACAGACUUUCGCCAUGAAUGAGAUGAAGGUGGCGCUGGCGCUCACCCUGCUGCGCUUCCGCGUCCUGCCGGACCACAAGGAGCCGCGCCGGAAGCCGGAGCUGAUCCUGCGCGCAGAGGGCGGGCUGUGGCUGCGGGUGGAGCCGCUGAGCAUAGGCGCUCAGUGACUGGGCCUGGAACUGCCCCACCCACCCUUCUCAGAGGAUCCCGAAUAAGGGGAGCCUCACCGAGAGCCAGUAGGGGGCGCUGCAGGACAGCAGAGAACCACCGGCGGCCUGGAUGAGACGAGGUGGGGCUGGUUUCCUCCUGGGUCAUCCACAGGACCUGUAGGCUGAUGGGAGUCGCACCCAAGCUCAAGCAUGGACUUAUUCUUUUGGAGAUGGGGAACCACAGAUGUUUACCUGCAGCUUUGAGGAUCUGUCACCUAAGCAUACUCGACAGUUUUCUUUUUUCUUUCGUUUUUGAGAUAGGGUCUCACGACGUAGCUUUUAGUAGCUUGGAGCCCACAGCACAGACCAGGCUGGCCUCAUUAUCCUCAGUGCUGUAAUUAGAAGAGUGGGUCACUGUGCCUGGCUUGUUACAUCCGAAGGGAUAUUUAUAGAAAUGAAGGACAGUUUCUCAGGAGAGACGCCUGGGAGCCCUUGAGAAUGAUGUUAAGUGAUGUUCAAGACUUGUGAUGUCCAAGGCCUCUAAGGCAACUUAAAUUUAAAGUGAAAUCACUCUA